GCUUUUCUCCGAGUGGAGCGGCCGCGGCAGGAUCGGGUUACGCUACGCCCCCUUUGUUUAUUAAGACCGGGUCAGUGCGCCGUUAGCCGCGGGACAACACGAACUCGCAUUGGAUACCGUCCGCUGGGGAAGGGCAGCUUCACGCCUUGACGAGCAGAUCGAGUGUGAAAUUGCAUUUAAUGGGCCGAAAUCCCGCCCGGCCGGAGCUGUAAAAAUGAUUGAAACAAUGGACACGCAGCGUGCCUUGCAGGCGGUGGAGCGACUCCAGGCCAAGUUGAAAGAGCGAGGAGAGGUGCCCACCGAGGAGAAGCUCAGCCUGCUCAAGUCAGUGCUCCAGAGCCCCCUCUUCCACCAGAUUCUGGCCUUGCAGAAGUCCGUGCAGCAGCUCAAAGCCCAGGGGGGUGGUGAUCGCAUCACAGCAGCGCAACACAACGGUAGCCAUGGGGCGCCCUCGGAAACCGGAGAUGGCAAACUCGCAUGUGAUCAAUUGGAUCAGAUUAUUCAGACUAUGGCGCAGGGACGCUACGUGGAACACGUGGACUUGCAGAAGCCAGCCUCGGGGGGUCUGGGAUUCAGUGUGGUGGGCCUGAAGAGCGAGAACCGAGGGGAGCUCGGUAUAUUCGUUCAAGAGAUCCAAGCGGGAAGUGUGGCUCACAGCGAUGGCAAGUUAAAGGAAGCUGACCAGAUUUUGGCCAUCAAUGGCCAGACCCUGGACCAGACCGUAACCCACCAACAGGCCAUCGGCAUCCUACAGAGGGCCUCGGAGAGGGUGCAACUCAUCGUGGCUCGAGGGCCCAUACCACAGCUGUGGCAGCAUGUGGAGACUAUCGAGCUGGUCAAUGAUGGCACUGGCCUGGGUUUUGGUAUUGUCGGAGGGAAGACAACUGGCGUUAUCGUGAAAACCAUCCUUCCUGGAGGCAUCGCCGACCAGGACGGCCGCCUGCGAAGCGGCGACCACAUCCUACGAAUCGGUGACACCGACCUGUACGGGAUGGGCAGCGAGCAGGUGGCGCAGGUGCUACGCCAGUGCGGCAACCGUGUGAAGCUGGUCAUCACUCGGGGCCACGUGGACGAGAAUCCCUCCGUCUCGGCGUCCACUCCGGCGCCCCUCCCGACGACCGAGGUUGAGGAGAAGGAGGAAGAAGAAGAAGAAGAAGAAGAAGGCAUGUUUGAUGUGAGCCUCAUCAAGAACACACAAGGACUUGGCAUCACAAUUGCCGGUUAUGUCGGGGAUAAAAAUUCAGAACCUUCUGGUAUUUUUGUCAAGAGCAUAACAAAAGACAGCGCUGUGGAUCAAGACGGUCGUAUCCACGUGGGGGACCAGAUAGUGGCCGUGGACGGCGUGGACAUCCAGGGAUACACCAACCAACAGGCCGUGGAAGUUCUCAGACACACGGGCCAGGCCGUCCACCUCAAGCUAAUUCGCCGAGGCUUCCGCCCUGACGAGAUCCCGCCCGCCGUGGCCCCCAUCGUCACCAUCCUGCCCUCGUCCGCUGCGGACCUGAACGAGCUGGAUCUGGAGGGACAGACGGAAGCAGAUUUAGAUCCCAUCUCCCUUCGUCAAUUGUGCCCCUCAGACGAAAAGCAGACGCAGACAAUGAAUGCAGGACCUGCCGUCACGCCGGUUGUAGAUCAGCUGACGCAAGAUAAACAUGGGGCGACGACUCCGACACCCUUACAGGAAGAGGAACUCGUGAAAAAGUGGCAAGAGAUUCUGGGGGCAAAUAAUGAAGUUGUCGUGGCUGAAGUGGAGAAAUUCAGCGAGAACAGCGGCUUGGGGAUCAGUUUGGAAGCCAAUAGCGGCCAUCACUACAUCCGCUCCGUGCUGCCCGAAGGGCCCGUCGGUCGCUGCGGCAAACUAUUCAGUGGGGAUGAACUCGUUGAGGUCAACGGCAUAUCUUUGAUCGGUGAGACCCACAAGGAGGUGGUUCGUAUCUUGAAGGAGCUGCCCCUCGGCGUGUACAUGACGUGCUGCAGACCCGCCCCCCACCAGCAGCCUGACAAUGACACUUUGGAACCACAAGGUCAAGUGUCAUCUGGCAGAUCGCAAUUCCAGAACCAAAUCGACCUGAGUAGCGUGGAAGUAGUGGAAGCAGCGGAAGCAGCAAAUGACCUGACUCCAGAGGCGACGGGGUCUCCUUUGGCCAUGUGGGAGCUGGAGAUCCAGAAUAUUGAGUUGGAGAAAGAAGCAGGGGGACUGGGAUUCAGCAUACUCGACUACCAGGACCCACUGGACCCGGCCAAGACAGUCAUCGUGAUCCGCUCGCUGGUUCCUAAUGGCGUGGCCGAGCAGGACGGACGACUGCUGCCGGGGGACCGACUGAUGUUUGUCAACGACACCAACUUGGAGAGCGCCAGCCUGGAAGAUGCCGUCCAAGCGCUCAAGGGAGCUGAGCUUGGCAUGGUGCGGAUCGGGGUGGCCAAACCUCUUCCCGGGAUAAGUGGUGAUUCCUACUCACCGCAGCUUUAUGGUGGGCAGGAAGUCACGCCGCUGUCCACCCUGCAUUCGUUUGACUUCAGCCGUAGUUUACUCCAAGACAGAGAUGAAGAUGAACUGCCCGGCGGGGUUCUUUUCCGAGCAGAGCCGACAUUGGUGGACACCAGCGAAGUGGAGCAAAAGGCGCUGGAGCGAGCUUACUACGGCGAGGAGGAAACAUUCCAGGCGUCGAUGAUUGCGCUUCACGGAAGUACCUCGGACCUGGAUUUCCUGCGCGCGUCCACACCUGAGACUUCAAGUUACCUCGACUACGGAUCGACACCCAUGACUGCUCCUCUCGGCGGUUCUGAUGAGGACUUAGCCACCGUUGAGGAAACACCAGAAGCCUUGGAGUCCUACAGUCCAUUUAAUGACCUCCAGAUCACACCUGAAAUCCAACCUGAACCGGCGGAAUUGAUUCCAUGUUACGCCGAAGAGCCUACCGGCACUUUGGUGGAAGAACAAGUCUCCGUGAAGGAGGUCGACACAAGACCGGACGCUGGCGACCAAGCGGCAAUCCCGGGGAGCAGUUUUGAACGGACCAUCACGGUUGUCAAGGGCAACUCCAACCUUGGGAUGACGGUGAGCGCCAUGAAAGAUGGCCUGGGGAUGCUGAUCCGGAGCGUGAUCCGCGGCGGAUCUAUCAGUCGGGACGGCCGCUUGGGAGUGGGCGACCUCAUCCUGGCCAUUAACGGGGAACCCACGGCCAAGCUGAGCAACGUUCAGGCGCGGGCCAUGCUUCGCAGACACUCUCUGGUCGGACCGGACAUGGGAUCUGCUUGCUCACCAGAGGAUGAUCUGUGCCCGUUUUAUGUCAUCACGUACGUCCCGGCAGAAUAUUUGGAGGAGUACAAGAGCAGCCUGGAGCAGAGUGACAAAGACCAAGUCUUCUCCGAGCCGGCGUCUAUUCCGACUCCAAAGGAUGUUCCCAACCUUCCAGAGCGGGAGGAUGGCGAGGGAGAGGAGAGCGUGUCUUUUAGCAACUGGAACCAACCACGACUAGUGGAGCUUUUCCGACAGCCCGGCAAGUCCCUGGGCAUCAGCAUCGUGGGAGGCCGCGGGAUGGGCAGCCGGCUGAGCAACGGCGAGGUGAUGCGGGGUAUUUUCAUCAAACACAUCCUGGAGGACAGUCCCGCCGGACAGAACGGCACCUUGAAGACCGGAGACAGGAUUGUGGAGGUGGAUGGCGUGGACCUAAGAGACGCCAGUCACGAGGAGGCGGUGGAGGCCAUCCGUAGGGCAGGCAAUCCGGUAUCCUUCCUGGUGCAGAGUAUCAUCCAGAAACCCAGGUCAUCGACAAGUGCAGAGUCCAUCGAGGAAAAUGUACCGAGUCUACCCAGGGACAAGGAGGGUGACAGUCACAGUAGACUUGUCCUCCGCCUCUCCCCAACUAACCCUUUCACUCCUACCCCGUUUAAGCCAAAGAAGCGUGACACUGCAAAGGUGACAACCACCAGCAUGGCCUUCGCCCUGCCGGUGGUGCCCCACGUGGGGGAGACGGACACCGACACUCUGGCAGAGACUCCGGCUCCGCCCCUCCAAGCUGACAAACAGGACGGGGUUGAGGAGGAAGGGGAGUUUGGGUCCAGCUGGGAGAGUAUCGUCCAGCGCUACGGAAGCCUCCCGGGCGUCCUGCACGUGAUCGAGCUGGAGAAAGGCAAGACGGGCUUGGGCCUCAGCCUGGCUGGGAACCGGGACCGUGCCCGCAUGAGCGUCUUUGUAGUGGGCAUUGACCCCGCGGGGGCGGCCGGGACUGACGGACGCAUGCUUGUCGGGGAUGAGCUCCUCGAGAUUAAUGGACAGGUCCUCUAUGGUCAAAGUCACCAGAAUGCGUCUUCCAUUAUCAAAAGCGCCCCAUCUAAAGUCCAAAUCAUCUUUACCAGGAACACGGAAGCCUUGGAGCAGAUGGCAGUGGGACCCGUGAAAGAAACCCAGGGAGAAGCAGCCGAGUCGCACGCGGAGGAAGACGUUGCGGUUGGUGAAAGCACCAGAGAGGACAAGGUAACCAUCCAGGAAAGCUGCACCGCAGCAGUCAAUGGGGAACCGAAGGUCGCCAGUCUACCCGAAACAUCUUCAAGUCACAGCCGCUCGUCCAGUCCGUCGACGCUGGCGUGCGACCCGGCCACGUGCCCCAUUAUCCCGGGCUGCGAGACCACCAUCGACAUCUCCAAAGGGCGGACAGGCCUGGGACUCAGCAUCGUCGGAGGUUGUGACACUCUGCUGGGGGCUAUUAUCAUCCACGAGGUUUACGAAGAAGGUGCGGCUUCCAAGGACGGCAGGCUUUGGGCUGGAGACCAAAUCCUCGAGGUGAACGGCAUCGACUUGCGAGCGGCGAGCCACGACGAGGCCAUCAACGUGCUGCGGCAGACCCCGCAGCGGGUCCGGCUCGUCGUCUACAGGGACGAGGCCCAGUACAAGGAGGAGGAGUUGUGGGACUCGUUCAUUGUGGAGCUACGCAAGAGGCCCGGCCAGGGACUGGGACUUAGCAUCGUGGGGAGGAGGAAUGACACGGGAGUUUUUGUGUCGGACAUCAUCAAAGGAGGCUUGGCGGACACCGACGGCCGACUGAUGCAGGGUGACCAGAUCCUGUCGGUCAACGGGGAAGACGUCCGCUCUGCCACCCAGGAGACGGUCGCUGCUCUCCUCAAGUGUUGCGUUGGCUCCUUGAAGAUGGACAUCGGGAGGUUUAAAGCCGGCCCCUUCCACUCGCAGCGAAGGCUUUCCCAAAGCAGUCAGGCGAGUGAACCUUCCAGUUCCAAGGUGGCUUCAGGAAUUCUUUCUGGUGAUGAGAGUCAGCAGCAGGGUCAGUAGUUUUUUUUUAAAUGCAGCGAGACGUGGCAUCAAGAAUGAGAUGCUCAAAGGUUUUCUUCUCCUGCAGCACCAGAUCACCAGGACGUGAGAACGGCCGAGUUCACCAAAGGCCCCGGUGACUCCUUGGGUGUCAGUAUUGCCGGCGGGGUGGGCAGCCCCUUGGGCAACAUCCCCAUCUUUAUUGCCAUGAUGAACCCUGUCGGCCUGGCGGCGCAGACCCAGAAGCUCAUGGUCGGAGACCGGAUUAUCAGUAUUUGUGGAACUUCUACCGAAGGCAUGAGCCACGCGCAAGCCGUCACUUUGCUCAAGAAUGCCACGGGGGCAAUACAGCUGCAAGUGGUGGCAGGUGUCGACAACACGGUGACCGGCGCGGCUCAGGAGCAGGCGGCUGGAGGCCUUCAGCCACCCAGCUGCAUCUUCCAGGAUGACCUCAGCCCGCCUCAAUACAAGAGCAUCACGCUGGAGAGAGGGCCGGACGGGCUGGGCUUUAGCAUCGUCGGCGGCUACGGCAGCCCCCACGGCGACCUGCCCAUCUACAUCAAGACGGUUUUCGGCAAAGGGGCUGCGGCGGAGGACGGUCGCCUGAAGCGGGGCGACCAGAUCAUGGCGGUCAACGGGCAAGCGCUGGAGGGCGUCACGCACGAGGAGGCCGUGGGUAUUUUGAAGCGGACCAAAGGAAGCGUCACGCUCACCGUGCUAUCCUAGCCGCCUUGCUAAUGUUCCCCCGCCCGCAGUUAAGCCACGGGCUAAAUUAUCUGAUGUUAUCAUUCCAAUCUCAGUUUUGAGCACACGCCAGCGAUGACAUUUAGUGCUGCUAAAUAUUUGUCACGCAUUCUAUCAGUGUUUGAUUUCCCUCUCACUCAAAGUAUUAGCGCAGACAACACAACGACGACACUUAAGUGUUUCACUGUGAGUCCCUAUAAAGUCAAAUCAUACUUGUUUCUAAAUACACAAUAAAUAUUUGAAAAUAAUUGCAGAAAACACACAAAGACUGAGAAUUUUGUAGAACUCGAUUGUAGAGCAUUAAACUGUUUUUCACCA